UCUGAAUUGUCUUCUGAAACUCUGGCUUUAGAUGCGUCUUUCAGAGUUGAGGGUGCACAAACCCAUGAGGUUGCUCUGGUUGUCUUCCUCUUUUCACAAGAGGAUGGUGAUUUUCUCUAGGCCUGGAAGAUUAAACUCUCCAACUGAGAGAACAAUUCCUUCUUCAACAGUUUCUCUCUUCACACAAUUCCACUUGCCAGGCAAACAGCACUUCACCUCAAGGACUUCCAUGAGUACAAAAGGAACAAAGUCACACACUCACAUAGCAGAAGCUCUGCAAUAAUGACAGAAGCCACUGACCACAUUGGAGCUGAAGCUGAGAAACCUGGAAUGAAACCAGAUCACAGCACAGGUACACAUGCCCUGGGAUACUGCAGGAACAACUCCAAGACGUGGGAAAGCUUCAGGAUCGUGGAGUGGGUCUCAGGGAGGCACUGGAAGUGGCUUGGUUCCUGGUCAUGCCCGGUGGAAGGAGGGGACCCAGCCGGCAGCAGCUAAGCCGUUCAGCUUUGCCUUCUCUCCAGACGCUGGUUGGCGGGAACUGCGGGAACGGUGCUGGGUUGAGAAACAGGAAUGGUAGUGCCAUCAGCCUCUCGGCGCCUCCCAUCACAGCGCUGAUCACUCCAGAGCCUGUCCGUCACUGCCGCAUCCCUGAGCUGCCACUGGAUGGGAGCCUUCUCUUUGAAUUCCUGUUCUUCAUCUACCUGCUGGUAGCCCUCUUCAUUCAGUACAUCAACAUCUACAAGACUGUCUGGUGGUACCCGUACAAUCACCCUGCUUCCUGCACCUCACUGAACUUUCACCUCAUUGACUAUCACCUGGCGGCGUUCAUCACAGUGAUGCUGGCGCGGAGGCUGGUGUGGGCCCUCAUCUCUGAGGCCUCUCAGGUGGGUGCAACAUCAGUGAUUCACUACAUGGUGCGCCUGGUGCUACUCACCCUCUGUGGAUGGGUGCUCUGCUGGACUUUGGUCAACCUUUUCCGCAGCCAUUCUGUGCUCAACCUGCUCUUCCUGGGCUACCCAUUUGGUGUCUAUGUUCCUCUGUGCUGCUUCCACCAGGACAGCAGAGCACAGCCCCUGCCUGCAGACUGUGAUUACUUGGUACAGGACCAGAUGGUGGACGAUGGGGCUUCAGCUGUCAGCAGCCUGGUCAAACCCAAAGAUUUCCUCUCUCUUCUGUGGGAAUCCCUGAGGGAACAGUUCAAUAACCCCACGUCCAUCCCCACCCACAGCUGCCCCCUUUCCCCAGAUCUCAUCCGCAAUGAGGUGGAGUGCCUAAAAGCAGACUUCAACCGCAGGAUCAAGGAAGUUCUCUUCAACUCUCUCUUCAGUGCCUACUACGUGGCAUUCCUGCCAUUGUGUUUUGUGAAGAGCACCCAGUACUAUGACAUGCGUUGGUCCUGUGAGCACCUCAUCAUGGUGUGGAUCAACGCCUUCGUCAUGCUCACCACCCAGCUGCUGCCUCCCAAGUACUGUGACCUGCUCCACAGAUCAGCUGCCCACCUUGGCAAGUGGCAGAAACUAGAACAUGGUUCCUACAGCAAUGCUCCACAGCAUAUCUGGUCGGAGAACACAAUAUGGCCACAAGGAGUUCUGGUGCGACGCAGCCGGUGCCUGUAUAAAGCAGUUGGGCCUUACAACGUAGCAGUGCCUUCAGAUGUGUCCCAUGCCCGUUUCUAUGCAAGUAUCUCUUCUCCUGCUUCACAUGUCCAGAAAGGGACUCUUCAUCAGCGACUGCAGCAAUAGGACAAGGGGUGAUGGAUUCAAACUGAAACAGGGGAAGUUCAGGUUAGAUCUUAGGCAGAAGCUCUUCCCUGUGAGGGUGCUGAGGCACUGGCACAGGGUGCCCAGAGAAAGCUGUGGCUGCCCCAUCCCUGGCAGUGGUCAAGGCCAGGUUGGACAGGGCUUGGAGCAACCUGGUCUCAGUGUGAGGCAUUCUUACCCAUGGCAGGGGUUUGGAAGUAGAUGAUCUUAAGGUCCUUUCCAACCCCAACUAUUCUAUGAUUCCAUUCUUUGUUACUAUUGUGGGAGGAGGAAGAGGCCCAAACCUGGCUGCAGUAGAGCAGAACAUGUGGAACA